AUGCCGUACAGCUUAGCAGCACGCAACGUCUUGGUUACCGGCGGUUCUAGAGGCCUUGGAGCAGAAGUCUGCCGCAAGUUCGCUGCGAGAGGCUGUAAUGUCGCCAUCAACUACGCCAACAAUGAAGCACCCGCGAAGGAACUUGCGAAAGAAAUCGAGUCGAAACACAGCGUCAAGACUGUCGUUUUGAAGGGCGAUGGCGGGAACAUGGACGACUGCAAAAAAUGCGUCGCCGACACCAUCUCCGCCUUCGGCGGCCUCGACAUCCUCAUAGCAAACGCCGGCUGGACGCGGUUCUCGGACUUCGCCGACCUGUCCUCCAUGUCCGACGACGAAUGGACGAAAUGCUGGAAGACCAACGUCUUGGGGCCGAAGACGUACGUGCAAGCUGCUAUGCCGACUUUUAACCAGAAUGCGGAGGGUGGGGUGGUGAUUAUUACGUCGAGUAUUGCGGCGCAGAGUUUGGGCGGGAGCAGUAUGCCGUAUUGCGUUACGAAGGCGGCGCAGGUGCAUAUGAUGAAGUGUGUGGCCAAGACGCAAGGGAAGAAGUUGAGGAUCAACGCCGUGUUGCCCGGACUCCUGUUGACGGACUGGGGCAAUGAGUAUGGUGAAGACAGGAUUAACACUCUCAAGGAGGCCAGUGCGCUGAAGCAGGAGACGAUCGUGAGUGAUUGCGCCGAUAUGUACAUUGAGCUGGCGCAGAACACGUCGAUGACCGGUCAGGCGAUCACUGUCGACUCGGGACUCAAUGUCGGCAAUAUGUAG